AUGGCUUCGCUACAGGGAAAGACGGCAUUCAUCACAGGUGCCUCCAUGGGCAUCGGAAAAGCCAUUGCUCUAGUCUUAGCAGGCGCCGGGGACAAGUUGGAGGCCGUUCGAGACAGUAUCGCCGAAAAAGCACCAAAGAUCAAAGUCGGCGUUUACGCCGUUGACAUCCAGAACCACGAAGAGGUCGACAAUGCCGUCAAGCAAGCGAUUGCUGACCUCGGCGAGAUUGACAUCCUCAUCAAUAAUGCAGGUCUCGCGCUCGGAGCACCAGCACGCUUCUGGGAGCUCCCUGUCGACGCCAUCUCUCAAAUGUCCGGUACCAACGUGAAUGGCGUCAUGUUCACGACUCAUUCGGUACUAAAUCGCAGCAUGUGGCCGCGGAAGCGGGGCACCAUCCUCAACGUCUCUUCAGUCACUGGCCUCGAGUGCCCUCCCUUCAACGGCGAGGCCGUCUACCACGCGAGCAAGGCGUUCCUUGAGGGCUUCAGCAAUAGCCUGCGAAACGAGACUGCUGGCUCGAAUAUCAGGGUUCUGGUGUUGCGGCCUGGCGUUGUGAACACACAUUUCCAUCUGCAGCGGGUGCAGUAUGAUAAGGACGCCAUGGAGGACUUUUACCAAGGGUAUGAUCCUCUCGUUGCCGAGGACUUGGCGCAGUCGGCACUUUACAUGUUGAGCUUGCCCGACCACGUUUCGAUUAAGGCUUUGGAUUGCGUACCGACGGCACAGCGGGCUUUGACCAACUUUGAUCGGGAAUGGAAGUUGAGGCAAGAAUAG